AUGUGACAUUGAUGAUUGAAUUUGAUUGUGAUAGUGAUUUGUGAUUUUACAUUUAAUUACAAAAACUAAUUUAUUAAUUUAGGCUAUAUCUUUGUAGUAAAUACAGAAUAUCGUACAAUGUAAUUAAAAUAUCUAGAAGAGUGUUGGCAUUAUUGAACCAAUGUUGGAUUGUUAAUGCUAGUAUUUGUAUAAUAUUGUAAUUGCUUGCAACAUGGCUUUUUAUUCAUGCAAUCGUUAUAGAUUAAUUGUUUUUAUUAUGUUAGCAUUGAUUAUGUGGCAAUGCUUUCGAUUAUUAUUACCAGAUAAACCUAAAAAUCUAUUUUCCGAGCGAACUAUUCUACAGUUAGAAGAUGAUAAGUAUAAUAAGCACAAACAAGACAAAAUCAAAAUUAGAGUGUACUAUGAAGCUUUAUGUCCUGAUUCCAAGCAUUUCUUUAUAAAGCACUUGUGGCCUGUGACUGAAAAAUUAUCAGAUUUUAUUGAAGUAGCAUUAGUUCCUUAUGGAAAGGCUAGUACAAAAGAUGAAAAUGGUCAGUAUUACUUUUCUUGUCAACAUGGUGAAGAAGAAUGCUAUGCAAAUAAAGUGCACGCUUGUGCAAUUGAAUCGUUGGGCAACAUGACGGCUGCUGUCAGGAUCACAACAUGCAUGAUCAUUGAUAAUUUUGAUGCUGAUCAAGCCCUGUCUCGGUGUUCUAAAGAAAUCGGCAUUUCUCCAGAGCCAAUCAACAACUGUGCUGUCCAUGCACACGGAUCAGCCUUGCUAAAGAAACACGGUGACGAUACUAAUAUUGUAAAGCCAACUUUUAUUCCAACAAUAACCAUCAACGGCUCAAAGGACAAUCAGGCAGCCCUCUUGAAAAAUUUCCAUUUAGAGAUUUGCAAGAUGAUUGAUAUGCCAUUGCCUCCACCAUGUUUGUGACAGUCAAUGAUCCACAGAGAAAAGGUUAAACAUAUUUUACUCUACAAAUCUGCACAAAUGUAAAAACAUAGACGAUAAAUAUUACCAUGUAUAAAGGUGAAAAUUUACACAAGGAGAUUUUGCUCAGAUAUUGUUCAUAGACACUACAUCAUUAUAGUCUGGCAAGUUCGUUGAUGACACUCCCAUGAUAUGCGGGCGACGGGGGGAAACAUUGCGCGGGUGUGAAAUCGUGCGUGCGGGGAAGUGAGGUGCAUCAGUCAUGGGUUUUUCAUUCAUCGCUACACGCCCCCCGGCCCGCGCGGACCAUCGGGAGUGCUAUGAUCGAAGUUGCCGAGCUAUAGUUUUGAGUUUUUUAUCUUAGAUUGAUUUUAUUUUUGAAUCCUUUACAAUUUGCUUCUGAUGUUUUAAUUUUUUAUUGUUCAAUCCUAAAACAGAUUCAUUAUUUAUUAGGAAAAUAAUGUAUUUUGCAAUGUUUGGCUCUAGCCACAUUGCAAGAACCAGCUCAUGACUAAGGGCCCCGUAUGGGUUCGAAACUAGUCGGGCGUACUCCGACGUUGUGAGUUUUAGCCGUGUUUUAUAAUAAUAUUUUGCAAUGGGCGAAUUAUAUAAUAUCGAAUAUUUGUAAAGUGAUGUUUAAUAUUCUUGAAGUUAUAUUUGUAUUCUGCAAUGUACAAAGAUUUUAUUCUAUUAGAUAUGUCACUAGCGCGUCGAAACUGAGGCGAACAAAGGUGCCUAAUUGUCUUGAUUUAAUUUAGUCGCAUAAUAAACAACGAAAGUUAUUUAAACCAAUAAUACCUAAAUAUUGUCUUCAAUGUGGAGAUGUGUGUUCAGGAAGUGUUAAAACUAUAUAUAAAUUAUGCAAUGUAAGUAAACACAAUAUUGUGCAUGUGUGCGCUCAAUGGAGUAUCUAAAUUCUGUUUACUUUUUGCGGUGAUUUUGUUGGUACGUAACAUAUCUAAUAGUACAAAAUCGUUGGCAAUGUAGGUAUCUAUCUGCUAAUUAUUUACUUUUUAGAUCGCGUCACACUUUGAGUCCGCUCUGAACACAAGACAUAGUUGCACAGUAAACGAAAACAUAUCCGAGUCAGAUUAAUAACUGUGCAAUUCUGUGUGCUGCAAAAUCAGACUGGACUGGAAGUUUGGACAUACUAUCAUCAUCAACAUAUCAGCCGAUGGACGUCUAUUGCAGGACAUAGGCCUUUUGUAAGGACUUCCAAACAUCACUAUACUGUAUCCAGCGAAUCCCUGCGACUCGCUUGAUGUCGUCAGUCCACCUGGUGGGGGGUCGGCCAACACUGCGCUUUCUAGUGCGGGGUCACCAUUCCAGCACUUUGGGACCCCAACGUCCAUCGGCUCUUCGAACUAUGUGCCCCGCCCAUUGCCACUUCAGCUUCGCAACUCGUUGAGCUAUGUCGGUGACUUUGGUUCUUCUGCGGAUCUCCUCAUUUCUGAUUCGAUCACGCAGAGAUACUCCUAACAUAGCUCGUUCCAUCGCCCGCUGUGUGACUCUGAGCUUUCUUGUGAGGCCCAUAGUUAGCGACCAAGUCUCGGAACCAUAGGUCAUCACUGGCAACACGCACUGUUCGAAGACAUUUGUCUUCAGGCACGGAGCAUUUGGCACUGGCACAUACUAUAUCUAUAUUAAAUGUAUAUCUUUUAUGUAUACAGAUACACAAGAAUAAUAUUAAUACGAUAUCUUUAUAAUACUGGCUUCCACAGUGAAAUAAUAUUUUUUGUCCAAAUUUUCAAACAAUUUGACUAUAUCUACUACAAGUACUUGCAUAUGUAUUGCAUAGUAUGUAUUAUAUAAAGUUAUGAUUAGGUAAAAAUUCGUUCCUUGAAGUAAAAAAAAAGUAUUAAUGAGAGUUGUAAAGAUAAUAUAAUACUUUAGUUAUAGCAAAUAGUAUGUUUUUACAUUACUCAUUUAGUAGUGGUAAGUACUUGACAAUUUGGCUUUUAUAUGGUUGUACUCUUAAUUUAUUUUUGUUGAUUUUGUAUUGUAUUUCUUUUUAAUAUAGGUUUAGGGAUUAAUUUUAUAAAAAUAUUUUGGUUUUUUAUAUCACCAAAUAUAAAAUGAACUUAUAGAUUUUUUAUUCCAGUUUUAAAAUCAAUACUUUGGUUGUGUUUGGCAUUUAUUUUGAGGCGUAUCCUAUCAUAUUAAGAGGCAAGCAAAUAAGAAUAAACCUAUUGAAGGUAUAGUUUAAUUUUGUAAUAGUUCAAAAAAUGUAUCUAUUAUAAGAGUAAAUAAUAAGUAUACAAAAGAUGCGUGCAUUGUAUAAGACAAGCAUAGGUAAGUUGUAAUUUUUUUUUAUGCGAAUUUGUUAAUAUUCUAAAAAACAAUCAUUCAGCCGAAAAUAGAACCUCCACGUUUUCAGUGGGUGGGUGUUUAUUUAAGUUGUAUUUAAGUCAUUGCAGUAUCCGUAUCUCAAGCUACGCUGCCUUUGCAGCUAGAUGGCAUUGUCCUGUAUAAUAAAAACAGACGCCCGCGAUUUCGUCUGCGUGAUAAUCAGUUUUCCAGAAAACCCUAGCAAAAGUAGCUUAUACAUUGCUUAAUAACCACCACAAUUUUCUAGUGAAAAUCCCAAUUAAAUCAGUUCAGUCGUUUCAAUGAUUAUGCCCAGACAGACAGACAAAAAUUUCAAUACAGUUCGUUUGUGUAUUAGUAGGUAUCCUACUAAUAUUAUAAACGCGAAAGUUAAUAUGGAUGUUUGUUUGGAUGUUUGUUACUUCUUUACACAGGAAGUAAAACUAUAAGAAAUUGUAAUUGUUAUCAAUUGUAAAUUAUAAUACUGUAUUACUUUUUCAAAAGAGAAACUGUUGAGUUUGUUGCCGGUAUCUUCUCAGCAGAACCUGCCUUCCGAACCGGUGGUAGAAUCUUUACCAAUAGUCAACUGACGUGUCAGAAGUGCCUGUAAACUGAGCCUACUUGAAAUAAAUUAAUUUUGAAUUUUAACGCCGCAACUACUGAACCGACUUGGCUGCUAUUUGGAAUGGAAAUAGAUUUUACUCUGGAUUAACACAUAGGCCAUAACAUCCCGGAAAAAUCCAUGGCUCACUUCGCUUCACGCGGAUAAAGUUGCGGGCGUCCGCUAGUGUAUAUAGAAAUAUCUAUAAGCACUUAUAUAACUUACAUAUAAAUAACUAUAACCGCAGUUAUUUCGAAACCACAGGCGUCUGUUUGUUUCAGACUUAUUUAUAACAUUAAUGAUGAUUAAUGUACAUUUUGAUAUAGUGAUGGAUUCUCGUACAAAUUUAAUUAGGUAAAUACCUAAUUAACCAUUGGGUUAUUUUUUAGUAGAAUAUACUUAAGUAAAAAUAAUAUGCAAUCAGAAUGAAUACAUAAUCUUAAGCUUAGGUACCAGUUUAACAACACAAACCUAUGAGUGAAAAUAUGAACUAAAUAAUUUUUCCUUUAUUGUUUUAGAUCAAAUUUAUUGUUUAGAUGUUUUUUUUUUAAUUUAUUUAAAUGUAAGUUAUUAAUAAUUUCCGAAUGUAUCUAGUAUAGAAAUCGAUAAUAAUGUACAAAAAUAUCGUAUUCAUAAAUACUUAUACAAAAAAUUUAGGUGAUUUGGUUAAAUAUCUUGCCAUUUGUACCAGAACGUUAAAUUAAAGAAAUAUGUACCUAA